UCUAAAUCAGUUUGAUUAUAAUUAUAUCAAAGAAAGGUUAACGAUGUUCGCACAGUUUGCACCAAGAAUUCGAGAGAUAAAGCUCGCAAGAGAGCAGCUACAAGAUUUAGUGAACGCUUUAACGGAAACCAGAGAUGAUGUUCGUCGUCUCCUUAACGAAGAGUGUUCCACCUCAAACGAGUGGCAAGAUUUCGAGACAGUCUCCAAUCGAAUUGACCGGUUAAACGCCUCUGCAAUUCAGCUUACAACACGGGCGGAAAGUAAACUGCAGAUCGCUUUUGUUGGUUCCGUUGGCGCCGGAAAAUCGACUUUGAUAAACGCCUUACUCGGUGAAAACAUAAUGCCUGUUACUCGAGCUGAGACCACCUUUUGCAACGUAGCGGUGACCGGGUCUUCAAGCGACGAGUGGACGGCGGUCGAAAGAAGCUCUGGUAAAUCUCUAGAGAUUUCCGAGUUUCGACAACUUCUUCACGUUCUAAAAGCUAAAGAACAGCGGGAAACACUCGGUCUCACCCCGGCCAGUAUUAUUGAUGUGAAAUGGCCUACGGCGCGAUGUAAGGCUCUUGUGGAAAAUGUUGUGUUGUACGAUACUCCGGGAAUAGGCGAACGGAAGGCUACAGAUGAUGCAGUGACCGAACUCUGUAAGUUUGUGGAUGUCAUUGUCGCCGUUAUGGAUAUUCAUAGCCCCAGUUUGAGAACCGUAGUGGAUUUCGUGACAGCUGUUAGCUGCAGAUACACUUUGGGGGUUUUCACCAAGUGGGACAUGUUUCAAGAGAACCAUUCUUCUGACGACUAUACAGAAAUCCCGACAGGCGACAUUAAAGAUCGCUGUGUGGCAGAAUUCAUGACCGCUGUGUCUGACAGAGGAAAGGUUUUCUUCAUUGACUCGCAGACUCAAAGGGAAGCAGUGAGGUGUCCUUUACAACAGCAGAAUGAAGCCUCAUCCACUACUUCAGAUGAAACAGAAACAGAGGGUUCCCGAGGAUUUAAGGAAUUCGAACGCAAUUUGGUCGAAGCAGCUAAAGGUGCUUUAAAAUUCGACACACUCAAGUACGAUAUGCAGGCUUUCGUUGCACAAGCAAAGGGGUUGUCAGGAAAUCUGGGCAGAAUAAUGGAAAGCCGAAAGAAAAAGAGAAUUCAGCGGCUCUCAAACCGGAUGAACAAGCUUACCGAUGCCGAGAAUAGCAUAAAGUCGCACCUGUCCCAAGUAUCAAGUAUCCUUGUAGAUGUAGUGAAGCGCCUUCAGCGAGACCGACAGAUUGCUGAGUUCAAGAUGCAAAUAGAACAUGACAUGAAGAACGGUGUCUCUCCAGAAAACGCCUUAGAUCGGUGCCGGGAUGGUUUGAACCAUAGACUCCACGUUCUGGUGAAAAAGGACAAAGAUCUCAAGGAACAGUUGGACUGUAUCUGGAAUUGCCUGUCGAAAGUGGCAGAUGGACCUGGUAGACUCACUUUCCAAGUAACGGAGCCCACGUGGAAAAGCGAGGAUUUUCAGCUCGACGAGAGUUUCGAAUAUCAAGGAAAUGACCUACACGGCUGCCUAACAAAUCCAAGUUUACCUUCCAAAAUGGUGUGCUGUGGUUUAUUAGGAGCUUUGAUAUAUGGUCAAAGCGGAGCUCUAAUCUCAGCAAUUGGUGUACCUGCGGUAAACAGUUUAGUACCAUGGACUGAUUUGAAUGGAUGGCUGAAAUACUUUUGGCCCGCAUGUCAAGCUGAGGUCACUGCGGUCCAGAAGUUCUUCGAAACCAAAGUGAAGACAUUACACGAGGAAAAAUGCGAACAAGUGGCAGUUGCAGGAAUAAGUGACUUGAAAGAAACGGCGGAGAUUAGAGUUCGCGGUGUAAAACGUUCAUUAGAAGACGAUAUAAGAUUUAUCCAGGAUGGAGAAAACUUUCUCAACAAACGGAGGAGGAUUACAGAUCGUCUACAAAGUUCGUUUGAGGCUUUUGAAGACAAAAUACACGAUAUUUGAGCACGACAAACCAUAAAUGUUUAGCUUCCUUAGAUCUAAUAUGGAAGAGUUAAGAGACACAAUAGAUCGUUUAUGAAAGUUACCCUUUAAGCAUUUGAUUUAAUCAGUUAACAAGAUUUUUGAGAUGAGCCGAGGAAAAAAUUAUUUUCAUGUUUGUUUCAGAGUUAAGGCUGACCAGAGUUCCUAUAGAGCUUAGUAAGUUGUUUAAUCAGGUAGUUCUCGGGCAUGAGAAUGCCUCUUUGAUCAGUCGAGCUACAGAAAAAACAUUUUUACCAACUUGAAAUGUGUAAGAUUUUUGUAAAAGAUUCAGUCGAAACUCUGCAAAUCCGACAGAAGCACACAACCACAGGUAGGGUGCUUUCAUUUUGUUUGGGACAGUUUUUAGAUUCCGGCAUUGACAACUUAUGAGCCUCAAGAAAUGCACGAGUAUGGUACCAAUUACAUGCACCAUAUAAUUAUCACCGUUUGUUUGAGGGACAAAAGAUUUUUGACAUUUUCUCGAAUUUUUCUCAAUUCCGUGGCUGUACAUUCUGAUUAAAUUAAAUGCAUGAAUUCAUUUGUUUACCUUGUGCGUGCCGAACGAGGUGAAGACCAAGACCAGUUGAGUCGUCAACGAGAUUUAACCCAAGUAAGUGGACUUACUUCGCUCCUAAAAUUGCUAUCACGAGAAGCUUUAUAUUUCUGUUCAUAUGAACACAGAGUUCAAAGUUGAGCGAAAAUUUUAAAUUGUCACUCCACAAAACGAGAAAUACUUGGACUCAUUUUUUCCAUGGCUGCAUGUUAGGGUAAUAAGAAGCCAAAAUUUAAGCCGAACUCGUCCAACCUGCAAUAAAGCAAAUUCUGAACGGUGA